AUGGAGGCGGCGGUAGAAGCGGUAGAGGCGGGAGAGGCGGGAGGGGCGGUAGAGGUGGUAGAGGCGGUAGAGGCAGAGGCGACCGGGGUCGAGGCGAUGGAGGUGGAGAUAGGGGCGAUGGAGAUAGAGGCCGUGGAGGAGACAACAGGCACAUUGGCAGGGGGUUUGAGAGGUUUGCGUGGAGGUCGUGGUGGAGGUCGCGGAGCAGGCCAUCAGGGCGGUGGCAAUCGUGGCCGCGAUGACCACGGUGGUCCCGUUCACAGACAAGGCGACGAGCCUUCUCCUGUGAUAGAUACACCUGGUCCGAAUCUCCCCUCUCACGUCGAGGCCAUCGGCGUCAAGCGCCCUGGGCAUGGCAAUGCUGGGAAACAUAUCGAAAUCCUGACAAACCACUUUGUCACCUCGAUCCCCGAACAAUCUAUAUAUCAUUAUGAUGUCACCAUCAAUAAUGGUGGCGAACUAUCCCUUCCGACGCGAUUUACGUCGCAGCUCAUUAGGCGUCUUCAAGAGGUCAUUGCACCCGACGUCUUCACCCCUCGUGGGUCAUAUGACCAGCGCAAGAAUUUCUUCGCACCUCGGCAGCUCUCUUUCGGACAGAGCGCGGAGUUCGAUGUGAUGAUGAGCGACGUCCCCCCACCUUCGACGGCACCACCUCAGGAUCAAGAGGAUGGGCCUGGUCGGCGAAGGCGUGACCCCAAGGUAUACAAAGUUCGGAUGGUACAAGUCGCAGAAAUAAAUCCGGAGGUUCUCUCACUGUUCCUGCAGGGACAGCACUCAAAUGAUGAGCGAGUCCUAAUUGCCAUUACAGCUCUCAACGUGGUGAUUCGAAUGCAGCCAUCGCUGACUUACCCAUUCAACAUCAGAUCGUUUUUUACGCCAUCUGAAACACGUGAAAUUGGUGCAGGCAUUGUCCUUUGGCGCGGAUAUUUCCAGUCUGUCCGGCCAUCGCCAGCACGUAUGCUGAUCAACGUCGAUAUCUCAACGGGUGCCAUGUACCGGCCGGGAUCUUUGCUUGCGCUUUGCCUGGACGUUCUGGGCCGUCCGCACAAUAAUGGCAACCCGAACGCGCAACAAGCUCGCUCACUGGCCCCUCGCGAGGGUCUUCCCGAACGGGAGCGUCGCAGGAUAGAGAAAUUCACUUCGGGUGUGCGGGUUUCAAAUGACUACAAAUCUCAGGAGGCAGGUAGGGGGCAAGGCAAGAUUAGGAUGGUGAGGAAGCUGUCGAAAGAAGGCGCAAGAGACCUGAGUUUCAAGCUGGGUGACGACGGGCCUAUGGUGACUGUUGCAGAUUUUUUUCAAACCGUCCUCAACCGGCCGCUAGCAUUCCCAGACGUCAUAUGUGCCGAGUUGAACACGAAAGCGCUCGUUCCCCUUGAGCUGUUGCAUGUCCUUCCGGGACAAAUAAUCAAGAAGCAGAUACCUCCAGAGAAAACAACCAACAUGCUUCAAUUCUCAACAAUGAAUCCUGCACAGCGUUUCAACAGCAUCAAGGCUGGAUUGGGAGUACUUGCAUAUGGACAGUCACAGUACCUUCAUGACUGUGGGAUGGAGGUCUCACCGGACGCUCUCAGUGUACAAGCACGGAUAUUGGACCCCCCGACGUUGAGGUAUGGCACUGGAGGGCGGCAGGAUACAAUUCGCCCGACGAACGGCGCCUGGAAUAUGCUAGACAAGAAUUUCUACCAGCCAUGCAUGACCAUUGAAGAAUGGAUCGUUGUCAUAUAUGAACGGCCAAGUAAAUUUCCCAUGGAUGCCGCACAGCGCAUGAUUCAGAGCUUGAUGGAGGCUUGCGCGUUGUUUGGAAUUGUGGUCAACGGCCCGCCCGCAUUUAUCAGAUUGCAGAACGGCCAAGGCAACGUAAAGGCACAACUGCGUGGCCUGUACAAUGACUGUCUCCAACAGAAGUCUAGGGCUCCAAACCUGAUGGUUGUCGUGUUACCUGAAGGCGGGGGAGACCUCUAUAGAGCGGUCAAAAACUAUGGGGAUGUCAGCGAUGGUGUCAUCACUCAAUGUCUCAAGUCGACGAAGUGUACCCGAGCAAAUCAGCAAUAUUACGCGAACGUGACAUUGAAACUGAAUGCCAAGCUCGGUGGGAUCAACGCCGUCCCCGAUCAGCGAUCAGCAUCCAUUCUUUUGGACCCGAGCAAUCCGACAGUAAUCAUGGGUAUAGAUGCUGCGCAUCCUCCGCCGGGCAUCAAAGAUCGUCCAUCGUUCGGAGCGCUGGUGUCCAGCAUCGAUAGUAACACAUCGAAGUACAUUGCUUCAACUAGUGUGCAGACAAGCGAUGAGGACAUUAUUGAAAACUUGGAGAAUAUGGUCAAGCAUAUAGGACCAACAUGGAAAAAAAGACAGGCGUAUCGCCUAAGCGAAUCAUUGUCUAUCGAGUUGAUAUGGAAUCUUGUAGAUGGCAUAUCUGAGAGCAGGUUCAAAGAGGUCAUGGUUCGGGAUGCCUGCAAGCAACUUGAAAUCGCCCCGAAGAUCACGUUCAUCGUCGUGGCAAAGGGACAUCACGUUCGUUUCUUCCCCAAACGCGUGCAGGAGGGUGAUAGGAAGAGCGGUAACUGUUUCGCUGGCACGGUGGUGGACCGCGACGUCAUCGAUCCAGUCGAGUUCGACUGGUAUUUGCUCAGCCAUGGAGGUCUGCUGGGUACCAGCCGACCUGCACAUUACAAUGUCCUCUACGAUGACAACAAGUUCACACCCGAUGGUCUGCAAGCACUAUCUUUCGCAUUGUGUCAUGUCUAUGCACGCGCGACACGUUCAGUGUCGGUUCCUGCACCGGUAUACUAUGCGGACCUCGUGUGUGCUCGGGCAAGAAACCACUAUGACCCCAGCCAAGGUUUGGAGCUAGCGGAAUCUGUCGCAGGCACGGAGUCUAGCAAUGACCAAGGGCAAGACCUGAAGGACCGCUUCAAGUCAGAAUUCACGGCUCUGCACUCGAACAUGUUGGGUUGUCAACAUGAGGUAGAGGUGAAUUUCACUGCUACAUGUGAUACACGGAUGCUGACUACUGGCAGAAUCUUUGUGGGGUGCUAUCGAACACUUUUGACGGUCUAG